AUGACUGAGGCCGAGGGAGUCAUCCGCAACGAGUCCGGCUACAUCACCCACACGGGCAAGAAGGAUUUUGGGCCCCUCGAGUUCACCGGCAAGAUAGGGGGCGGGCUGAGGUUGGAUUUGCGGCGGCGGCUGCCGUUGUACGUGAGCGACUGGACGGACGCCUUCAAGGCCGAGAACUUCCAGAAGUCCGUGUCGUCCAUUUUGUACUUGUUCAUUGCCGCCUUGGCGCCUGCCAUCACUUUCGGGAGUAGGUUCUUGGAUGGCACCAACGGCCAAUUUGGAGUGCUCGAGAUGAUUUGUAGCACAGCAAUUUCAGGCGUGCUCUUCUCCACCUUUGCCGGGCAGCCGUUGUCCAUUUUGGGAGCCACAGGCCCCUUCUUGGCUUACACGCUGGUGGUCUACGAUUUGUCUGUUGGGGCGGACCUAGAAUUUAUGCCGUUUUACUUCUGGACUUGCAUGUGGUGCUCGUUCUUCACUAUCCUGGUGGCGGUCACUGACCUGUGCGCCUUGAUGAAGCACGUGACCAUGUUCAGCGAGGAUAUCUUCGCUGGCUUGAUCUCCCUUAUCUUCAUCAUCGAUGGAGUGAGGCCCAUCAUCGAGAAUUUCACGGAGAACAAGAUGACGCUGACCAGUGCUAUGUUCGAG